CAUUCUUUUCCGGUGUUAAGAGGUGUCAAAAUUUGUGAAAUUUUCGCUAGUUACCACAGUUAGCAAAUUUUACCUCGAAUUAGCCACCGAACCGUGCUAGAAUGGCUAAAAAGAAAGGCGAGAACUACGAUAGUGAUGGGGGCGAUGACCAAGACUACGAUGAGGAGCCGAAUUUCGACGAUCCGGAGGGUUUUGUGGACGACGUCACCGAUGAAGAAUUGCUCAGUGAUUUUUUAAAACAAAAACCUUGCGAAUCGGAUGGUGUUGAGAAUGUUAUUGUCGUGGAUAAUAUUCCUGUGGUGGGACCGGCUCGAUUCCCCAAGUUGCAAGGUGUAUUGGAGAAGCUCUUCAAGACUGCCGGUACGAUAGUCAACAUCCAUUAUCCCAAGGACGAAGAGGAAAACACGAGAGGCUAUGCCUUCAUUGAAUUUAAGAACCCGGAGAUGGCUGAAGAAGCUGUGAAAGCGUUCAACAACUAUCGUCUUGACAAGUCGCAUACGCUGCUGGUGAAUCUGUUUUCCGACUUCCAGAAAUACUCGGACAUUCCCAAGGAAUGGAGUCCACCAGAGCCCCAGCCUUACAAGAUGCAAAAUGAUCUGUAUACCUUCAUGACUGAACCGGACGCACAGGAUCAAUUCUGUGUGAUAGCUGAAUCGUCACCAGGGGCGGUGCAAGUUCAAUUUUGGCAAAACACCCAGCCCGAACCGGUGGAACUCCUGACCCGUGAUCGCUUCACUGAAACCUACGUCAAGUGGUCUCCCCUCGGAACGUACAUCGUGACGUUCCACAAGCAAGGUGUUGUAAUCUGGGGUGGUUCCAACUUCAUCAAGAUCAACAAAUUCCCGCAUUCCGGUACGCAAUAUGUGGACUUCUCACCCUGCGAGCAGUAUCUGGUGACCUACGGUCUGAACGGCCAGAAGAUCGUCAUCUGGGACAUCCGGACUGGAACGGAAAAGCGUUCUUUUAUGUCCGAAGGAGGUUCCAAUAUGUCGAUGUUCCGUUGGUCCCACGACGAUAAGUACGUAGCCCGGAUGGGCGAUAAUGCUAUCCAUGUCUAUGAAACGUCCACCUUCUACCUACUGGAUAAAAAAUCCAUAAAGGUUCAAGGCAUCCGCAACUUUAGCUGGUCUCCUACGGAUAACAUUAUUGCCUACUGGAUGUCUGAAGAUCUGGAAGCUCCCGCUCGUGUGACGCUUUUGGAAAUCCCCAAGAAGAUCGAAAUCCGUAACAAGAAUUUGUUUAACGUGGCGGAUUGUAAGAUCCAUUGGCAAAAGUCGGGAGACUACCUAUGCGUGAAGGUCGAUCGGUACUCCAAGUCGAAGAAAGACAAGAAGGACGCCGAUGUGAAGUUCCUUGGUAUGUUCUUCAAUUUCGAAAUUUUCCAUAUGCGAGAGAAGGAUAUUCCCGUGGAUUCCGUGGAAGUAAAAGAGACCAUUCUGGCGUUUGCAUGGGAACCAGUUGGAUCGAAGUUUGCUAUCAUCCAUGGUGAACCGUCGGCCGCAAACGUGAGCUUCUACGAGGCCAAGAAGGGUCAGGAACCCACGAUGCUGAAGAAGAUGGAGAAAAAGGUUUGCAGCCAUUUGUUCUGGUCCCCACGGGGGCAGUUCAUUGUAUUGGCCAACCUUCAGUCCGGCUCGUUUGAAUUUGUUGAUACCAACGAUUUUACUAUUAUGAAGAGCGGAGAUCAUUAUCGUGCUUCUGAGGUGGAAUGGGAUCCGACCGGCCGAUAUGUGGUGACUGGAACUUCUGGAAAGGCCAAGGAAGAUCACGGCUACUACAUUUGGUCCUUCCAAGGCAGGAUAUUGAAGCGGGUGAAUUUGAAAAACUUCAUCCUCUUCCUGUGGCGUCCUCGACCGCCCACUUUGCUGCCCGAUGAAAAGCAGAAGGAAAUUCGCAAAAACCUUAAGAAGUACUAUGCACAAUUCGAGAGCAAGGAUCGCGUCCGCAUGACCCGUGCGUCGAAGGAACUGCUGGAGAAGCGUGCCAAACUGCGCGAGCAGUUUGUAGAGUACCGCACCAAGCGUGUGAGCGACUGGGAGGAGCAGAAGUAUCGUCGUAUUCAGCUGAGAAACAACACAGACACCGACACAUUGGACGCUGAUCCAGAUAAUGUCGAAGAAGAAAUUGUAGAAAUUCUAGUACGUGAAGACACCACCUUGCUCGAGUAAUCCGUAUAAGGCAACCUGCGUUCCUGACUUCUAUGCAGAUUUUUUUCUCAUGAGAUAAAGUCUGCAUAGAACUCGUUGCCUCAUACUGAAAUCACGCCAAGAUCCGCGUUCCGUUCGUGAGCACUGAAAACAAUUAUAAUUCGGAAGAAAGUGUAA